CUACGCUGCGCAGCAGAGGCGAGAGACAGAGGAUAUUCACAAAACAUUGUUGGUAGUAACCUAGUUAGUUCUAAUGGCGGAAAUAGAAGAAGAAGUAGAAGUUAUGUGGAAGAGAGGGAGAACAUUGGGGAAAGGAGGGUUUGGCUUUGUCUCCUUAGCUUCCACUGAUGAUACCAAUUUCGAUGCCGGUACUGUUCAUCAUACUCUAAUUCCAUCACUCAUUGCGGUAAAAUCUUGUAUGCUCAGUCGUUCUGAAUCGCUUCAAGUAGAGAGGGAAUUUCUCCGCAUGUUUGAGGACUCUCCUCACGUUAUUCGCUCUUUCGGUGUUAAAGUUACGCUAGAAGACGGUGUUCUCCUCUACAACUUAUUGUUAGAAUAUGCUUCUGGUGGAAGUCUGGCUGAUCGUUUGAAUUGUUCAGGGAAAGGAAUGGCAGAGGUUGAAGUUAAAACACACACCAAGAACGUCGUUUUAGGGCUUAGUCGCAUUCAUGGCGCGGGAAUUAUUCACUGCGACUUAAAGCCUCACAACAUUCUACUUGUUACUCCUACUCCUACUGAUGAUGAUACAACAGAGAUUGCCAAGAUCGCAGAUUUCGGGCUCGCUAUGACUUUGGAACAGAGCUGGACACAAAAGCAGGGAUUAAGAGGAACUAAAAGGUAUAUGGCACCUGAAUCCGUGCUUAAGCAGGAGUACGGCCCUGAGGUCGACAUCUGGGCUCUUGGCUGCACUGUCUACGAGUUGAUCACUGGGAAACCCCUCUGGGAAUCAUCCAAUUCUAAGGUUGAUGAUGUGUUACGUCGAAUCGCGUCUGAGGAACCAAGUUUUGAGAAUGCGAAACUGUCAGCAGAGGCAAAAGAUUUUGUGAGAAGUUGUCUGGUCAAGAAUCCGAGCUCGCGUUGGACUGCGGACAUGCUCUUGAAUCAUUCUUUUCUGAAAUCAGCCAACAAUGUCCAGCCUGCAACAAAGACAAGGAAGAAGCUAAGUGGUUACAUGUCCCUUUUGCGCAGGCCCCGUCGAAAGACAGCAUUCAAGACACAGCCACACAUUCGCGAUUUGAUUGUAGAACAUUGAUGCAAUAAUCAGAAGGCACCUGCUGAAUCUGAAGAGAGUAGAUAGGUUAUUCUUAAUAGAAAAUUGAUUU